GUAAAAAUGAAAAUAUUGAAAAUUUAUUGAUCUCUAAUAGUAAUCAUCUUGAGAUAUCACUACUACUUUGAAGGUUCAUGGGUGUUUAUCUUAUGAUAUAGAUAGAGUUGAAUUAGAGUACUGACUAACUAUGAACUGUCCAUUAUGUUCGACUGCACUUAAACAACAUUUGUUACAACCAACCAUAUCAAUUAUAUCAUGUCCUAGUGAAACUUGUAUAUAUCCAUUCAACUUAUCCAUCAGUGAAUUAAAACAACAAAAUCUAAUCAUAUCUAAUAUCAAUGAGUCCGAUAUAAUGCAUCAUAUGGAAUCGAAAAUGAUCAACGAAGCCAAUGUCAACAAGAAUAUAGCACGGUUUAUAUCGAAGGCCGAUGAUGAGAUCAUGAAUUUAGUUAAACGAUAGACUAAUCAUCAACAUUUUGUUGUCCGAAAUGAAAUUCAUUAAUAACUCAAUCACCAAUUCAUAUCAAGUACUAUAUAUUACUUGAUAUAAUAUGGAUCAUGGGUUCCCAGUUAUAAUAUCAUAUUUUGCAGUAAAUAGUAAGGUAAAGAUCCGGGUAAGAAACUACCUUUUAGUUGUAGGUCGUGUACUUUCAGCUAAACAUUUCCUAAUUGGGAAAGGCCAACGAAAAAGUUUUUCUGGUGUGAACCAGAGGAGGUUUAAGGGUUGAGUUGAGAUUGGUGUGUUUUGAAGAUUUAUCUAUUUAGCUUCUUUCUAGU